AUGGCUGACUUCGAAAGGGAACGUGACAACUACCGUCCAGGCGGAGGUCGCGGCGGCGGCAGAGGGUACAACAACAAGAGGAAGAGGUUCAGAGAGGACGAUGACUUCGAGCAGCAGCCAUACCGCAAUCAGCGACAGCGCCACGAGGCUCCACCUGGCACGAGACUCAGAAGGGGCUUGCUCGAUAUUGGGGAAGAUUCACUGCGCAUGCCGCACGAGUCCGCGAUGAAUCUGGCUAAGCUGGCGAUGGAGAAUUACGAGGACGAGUAUGUCAGGGACACACUCAGCGAGGCCAUUCUUCGCUUGGUCGAAGAGCAGCCGUUCAAGAUCCCAUUCGUUGCUGGCGUGGUCCUCUUCGCGCACGAUGAGAAGAAGGAGGUCGCCGCAGACGUGAUCACAAAAGCCGGAGCGCAACUACAAGAUCGCCUCGAGAAGGGACAAUGGCGGGAGUUCAAGUUGACCCUGAGGUUCUUGGCAUGCUUGAGCAGGGUGUAUGAGCAGGACGGCGUGUUCCCGAUCCUCGAUGAGCUCUUCAACCGUGCGGUCGACCUGCAAACGGCUUCGCAGGAGGAUGCAGUGGGGCUUGAGCUGGUGCGCAUCAUCUUGAUGACCAUCCCAUACCUAAUUGCCUCCGCUUCCGACCAGACGCUCAAGCAGAAGGCCGUGGAACUGUUGGAAAAGACGGAUGUGAUUGCUUCUACACCGCAUCAGUUGGAGGCGCUCGUCGACCCGUAUCUCGGCCAGGAUGACGCCGACAAGCCCAUGGCUUUCGGCAGCACCAUCUCAAUUUUGCAGCGACAGCUGCAGGAGGAGGCGUCGAACGGGUGGCCCCUCGACUGUGUUCUGAGAGUCUACGAUCCCUCAUACAUGCGCGGCACCAAUCUGGAGGCCAACGGCGACGCCAACGGGAGUAGCACAUCAAUCUCUUUCCCCUCGGUGACAGUGCCCUCUCCUGUCGUUCAAGGACCACGGGCCCUUUUCCCAGAGCUCUUCUUCUCUGUCUUCGCGGACCAGGAAAUCGAGUCAGUACCGUCCACUUCGAACAUCGCAUCCACACUCAUCCGCGACGCCAUUAACGAUACGAUCAACGCUCUCGACUUCAACCGUAAUAUUGUUGCCCGCUACCUGAGUGAGAUCGACUGCUUCUGGCCUCCCAACAUCUUUCACAAGCGUGGUAUGGCUUUUGAUAAGCUGAGGGACACGGACGAUGGUCGCCCAAAGUGGAAGCCUGAAGACGUGGCUAUCGACGCAGUGUUCUCGCAGAUCCUUACCCUCCCGGCUCCAGAACACAAGCUGGUAUACUACCACGCCAUUAUCACCGAGAUGUGCAAGAUUGCGCCUGCUGCCAUAGCUCCAAGCCUUGGGCGUGCGAUUCGCUUCAUCUACAGAGGUCUUGAUACUAUGGAUUUAGAGCUGGCUUACCGCUACACGGAUUGGUUCGCACACCAUCUCAGCAACUUCGAGUUUAGGUGGAAGUGGGCGGAAUGGACUUCUGAUGUUGAUCUGCCGGACCUGCAAGCCCGAAAGGCCUUCAUCAACGGCGCGUUGGACAAGGAAGUUAGACUGUCUUUUGCGAAGCGUAUCCGCGAGACCCUUCCCGAGCCGUACCAUAAACUCAUCCCAACCAGCAAAGAGAAGGACAUGCCUGAAUCCAAGUUCGCGAACGAUCAAACGCCAUUCGCGAAGGAGGCUCGAGAAGUCCUCGAUCUCCUCAAGAAGAAGGCGCCCGAGGAGGAAAUGCAGCGCGUGCUUGACUCCAUUCAAGAGCAAGCUCGGAAUCAAGGUGUCGCCGAUCCCAUGGUCAGCAGCACGGAUGUCUACAUGACCGCCAUUCUGUCUUCCGGCAGCAAAUCGCUCAGCCACGUGCUAUCGACCAUCGAUCGCUGCAAAGAACGCCUUCUCGCCAUCGGGACCCAAAGCGAGCAGGCCAGGAGACAGAUUCUCGCCAGUGUGGCUGAGUUCUGGGCCAAUCACCCCGGCACUGCGGUCAACAUCAUCGACAAGCUCAUCAACUACACCAUCGUCACACCGAUGUCUGUGAUUCAAUGGGCGCUGGUCGACCACGUGGAUCGUGGCCGUGCGUUAGCGGCUGCUUACAUCUAUGAGAUCAUCUCGAUCACGAUGUUCAAAGUUACCAACCGCAUGCACCAGCUGCUCGAAUUGCGCAAUAGCACCAAGACACCCUUCGACCAGCGGAAGCAGAUGGACGAGGCAUUACCGAACGAGAGGCAAGGCAUGCGCGAUAUGUUUGCUGCGAUCGAGGAUGCGGUUGCUGGCAUCGCUACUGGUGCGCAGGACGAGAUGGUGGAGCGAUUCGAGGGUGAUGAGGAGGAGCAGGAGUUGAUUAAGACGUGGGGCGAGCGUUGGGCCAGGGUGUGGAGGCGCAAGGCGGCGGUUAUGGAGGCUGUGGUUGGCGAGGCCGCGGUUGAAGAGUUAGUGGAGCCGCCGCCCGUUGAGGAUAUUGUGGUGGAGGAUGCGCCGGUGAUGGAGGAUAUGGACCGUAUCGAGUAG